CAAAUUCCGCCGCCCCUGUCUAUGUCUACGCUCAAAUAUUAUUAUUUAAAUAAAUAAGUAUAUUCAUUUAAAAACAAAACUUUCUUUGGCUGUGCUAUAAAAAACAUGUUAUUAAUUAUAGUAAAUUAGUUCAGCGGCUACGAAAAUACAGACAUGGAUUUUUCAGGCGUGUGUCGUUUAUGUUUGAGUGAAGACUCAUUGAUCUCAAUAUUUACAAGCAAUGCAGCUGAGGAUAAAAGAUAUUCUACUGCCAUUUUCCUCACUAGUGGUAUAAAGGUGACUGAAAAUGAUGGUCUGCCCCAGAAAAUAUGUAGUAUAUGCAUAAACUAUUUAAAUAAGUCUUUGAACUAUAGAAAAAGGUGUAAAGAAGUAGAAAAUAAGCUUCUUGAGCAAAGUAUUAGCAUAAACAAGGAGGAACCUCUAGAAUUUGAGGUUUUAUAUGGAGAAACAAUUACUGAAAACACAGUAAAAACUGAAGUAGUUAAAUUGAAAAAACAUUAUAAGACAGAGACAGUAAAAGUUGAAAUAAAACUAGAUGAAAAUUUUGAUGUCAAAGAUGAAAUCUUAGGUGAAAGGAUUAAUGAUGAUGAUGAAGAGAUAAACAGUGAUGAUGAUGAAGAAAAUAAAAGUGAAGAAAAAGCACUAGAAUACACAAUUAAGAAAUAUUCUACAGGCAGCCAAAAUUCUGACAGUGAAAUAGUACUUUACAUUGGCAAUAAUGAUGAUCAUUUUAGCCAAGACGUCAAGAAAGAAAUUGAAGUGACCACAACAGAUGAAAUACCUAAGAAACUAAACCAAAAGCAAUCUGAAACAGAUGAUGAACAAGAUGGUGACCUGCCAUAUGAAAUAGAUAUGAAGGCACCGGAUCAAAACCGAGUUGUAUGUAAGGUUUGUAGAAAAAGCCUUUCCAUUCGUAGCAUUGAUGCUCACAUAUCGUCAAUGCAUCCCGGCAAAGAUAGUAGAAAGAUGCAGUGUGAAAUUUGCUCCGUGUUUAUUCUGAGACAUAAAUACAAUCGCCAUAUGAAGAUGAUGCAUGGUAUUGGCCCUGAGAUGAAAACUUUUAGAUGCAGCUACUGUAAGUCUGAGUUCCUUGACAAAGAGAUGUUGAUCACUCAUGUGGCUAGCUGUGUGAAGAGGACUAAGAAAAGGGAGCCAAGUAAAUCUAGUAAAGAGCUACAGGAGUGUGAUGUCUGUCAGAAGGUGAUGCAGCGAGGCAGCAUCAAGCUGCACAAGGCGAUCAAACACGCCGGGCUCAGACCUGUGUGCGAGCACUGUGGAAGUACAUUCGGCAACAAGUACCGGCUACAAGAGCACUACCGAGCUAAACACGGCUACGAGAAGUUCAAGUGCGGCCACUGCGACUUCGAGAGUGCCAGCGCCAUGGCUCUGAGGAACCACGAGCGUCGCCACCGCGGCGAGAAGCCGUUCGUGUGUGAAACGUGCGGCGCCAAGUUCCACGCCGCGUACCUGCUCGCGCAGCACAAGCAGUCGCACCGCACCGAGAGACUCGCUAAGUGCGACCUCUGCCCGGCCUCCUUCAAAGCGCGCAACUCUCUCCACAUGCACAAGCUGAGCGUGCACAGCGCGCGCGUGUUCGCGUGUUCUCUCUGCACGCGCGUGUAUUCCAGCCGACACUACGCGGCGCGGCAUCUGCGGAGACGUCACCGAGGUGACGGAGCGCAGUUGACGGCGAUCAGUGAUGAUAGAGUGGCGGUGGAAACGUGAAAUGUGUGGGAGUGGAUUUGCGAAUGAGUGGAUGUAAAUGCGUGAAAUGUGUAAUA